AUGUUUUACGAGGCACAAACACAAGUUUACAAGGAAAAAAUACAUGAACUGGAAAGCAAAAUAAAGGACCUUACCUCGGGAAAACAUGUCGCUGAUGAAAGUAACGAACAGCUAAAUGAGAAACUAACGGAACAAUCCAAGGUGUUCGAGACUCAAAUAUCGGAGACACAAGAUGAAAUACAACGGCUACAGGAAAAUAUCCAAUACCUCAAAAAACAAAAUGAAACACUGCAAGCGGAACUUGUGGAGAAGGACCAAUCCUUGGAGAAAUUCUCCCUCUCCGAAUGUGGUAUUGAAAACUUGCGCAAGGAGUUGGCCAUGGUCAAAGAGGAGUCGGAGAAGGAACGCGUGCAACUUCAGGCGGACUUUGCAUUGAAACUUGAGGAGAAAUCUCAUGAGAUUAAAAAUUUGCAGGAACAAAUGGCGAAUCUCAAGUCAUCAGUGGACAGUGUGGAGAGUGAACGCGCCAACCUCGACGAUGAAUGUCGGAUAUUACGUGAAGAGUGCAAGGCGAGAGAUACACAGGUGGCAGAUGUCACAGCUCAGUUAGCAAAAUUGAGUGCGGAAUUGUCGAUAAAGACAGCCGAGUGUGCAACACUUGAUGAACUCGUCAAGACCCAGCAAAUGGGUAGCAGUGAAGAAAAGAAUAAGCUGGAGGAAAAAACAUUGGAAGUGGCCAAACUAAAGCAAGAAGUUGCCACUUUGCAAGAAGUGAAAGCAACGCUGGAGUCAAAUUUGGACAAGGCUACUAAUGAACUGAAGAAACUGGCAGAAUUACAAAGAAGUAUUGAGAGCAAGCUACAGGAAGCUCUUGCAGAGGAUGAGUCAAAGAAAACGGCUAUGGACGCUUUAGAGAACAGCAUGAAAGAUUUGCGUCAGGAAUGCGUGAAAUUGGUAGAAGAAAAUCAACAACUACAAACUCAGGUAAAAGCGCUUUCAUCCGAUUUGGAUAAGGAAAAGUCAACAGUUGAGUCAUACGCUGGCAAAUUAUCUGAAAAGGAAACACUGUUAAAUACUGCGAACAACAAUCUAGAAUCCGCCCAAGAAACAAUUAUGAAAUUACAACAUGAUCUGGAUCAGACUCAAAAAUCCCAUGAAAUGGUGGUGGCAGCCAAAACGCAAGAAAUUACAGAUCUGAAAGGAGAAAUAGAAAAACUAGAAAAUAAAGUCACCUCGUUGGCUGGUGAAUCGUCGGUGGUGGUUCAGCAGCUGAGUGCCAAAAUUACAAAUAUUGAAAGCCAAAAUAGAAGACUGGAAGAAGAUUUAAAGAACUCCAGCAUUACAAUCGAAGAUCAACGCCAGAAAUCCAUCCAAAAGGAUGAAAUUAUUGCUUCCAAAUUAUCUGAACUGAAAUCCACAACAACUGCCUUGGAAAGUUCCACACAGCUAUUGGAUAAACUCAGGAGCGAACACGAAGCCCUCCUCAAUCACAAACAGGAGUUGGAGGACGAGCUGAAAAAGAGCGAAGAACGCUAUGCUCAACAACAACUGGAUUUGGGUGAUCUCAAACGAAAAUUGGACAGUACGAACAGUAAAUGCGAAGUUCUCGCCCAACAAAAUGAGGCACUACAACAGGAAAUAAUUGGCGUGCGAACUUCGAACACCUCGAUUCACGACGAAGUUAAGAAAUUGAACGAUGAAAUUCAACAGAAGCAAAACGAAAUUGCCGCAUUGACUAGUGCGACUAACGAGGAGCGCAUUCGACUGACGGGCCAAAUUGAAGAAUUACAACAGAAGCUAGCCAAUACCAUUAAAGAUUAUAACGAUCUGAAGGAGACUCUGAUCAAGUCCAAAGAAGAAGUCAGCAAAAAAUCCCAACAUAUUACCGAACUCGAGGAGAAGAACAUCAAACAAGAACUACAGCUAAGUGACCAACAACGCCAACAAGAGAAUCUGCAGAGUAAAUACGAUUCGCUACUCAAGCAAAAUGAAUCGAUUCAAGCUGAUCUGAUUGCCCUCAGAAGAUCGACUACCGACUCGAAUACAGAGCUUAUGAAGCUAUCCCAGGAUCUAGCUACCAAACAAAAGGCCUUGGAUGAACUCGUGGACAAAUCAAGUACGGAACGUGCCGCUCUAGAAAGUCAACUGCAGGCCAGUCAACAGAGAAUCGACAGUAUGUGUAGUCAAGUGGAGACACUGACACAUGAACUCAAGAAUGUCACCGAAGAAAGCUUUAGUCGUUACGAACAACUGAAGCAAGCCGAAGAAAAAUGUGGAAAGCAGGAGUUGGAUAUGGCCGAUCUUCAACGAAAGCUCGACAGUUUUGUGACCAAAUGUGAAAGUCUGGAGGAACAGAACAAAAUGUUACAAAAUGAUUUGACCACUUUGCGGCAAGGUUCAGCUGGGUCGAAUGCGGAAAUUGUUCGGCUUACUGAAGAGUUGUCACAGCGCCAGAAACAACUUCAGGAACUUACCGACAAGGCAAACAAUGAGCGAAUGUCCAUCGAAUCCCAACUGCAAGAGGCUAAGCAAAGUAUCGAAAGUCACCAACAUGAAAUAGAAACUCUCCAAAGCCAGCUGAAAUCAUUAGAAGCAGCUAAAUCCGAACAAGCUGAAGCAUUUGAAAACGCUAAGAAGGAAAUUGAGUCGAAAUCUCGCAGCGAAAUUGAGGAACUUAAAGAAGCUGAGGUAGCCAAACAGAAAUCGAUCAUAGAAAGCUUUGAAGCCCAACUGAGAAACUCCGAGCAAUCAAAGUCAUCGUUGGACGAAGCAAUUUCCAGUCUUCAGAAGCAAAUACAAUUAUUACAGGAUGAAUUGCUGAAAUCACAGUUAGACUUCAAGGCCAAAGAAGGCGAUAUGCAGAAGCAAAUAGCAGCUCUUAAGAUCGAAAAGGACCAGCUGUAUUCCAACCUACAGAAGACACAAAAUGAUGGUUCAUCAGCCGUUAGUGAUUUGCAGCAGGAGAAUGCCAGACUUUUGCAGAGCAUUGAGAAGCUUACACAAGAUCUAAAAGAACAGGAAUCGCUAGUAAUCCAAGCCAACAGCGAGGCAGAACAGUUGCGCAUUCUGCAAUCGAAUACAAAGUCCGAACUUGACUUGGAACUGCAAAAACUUCGCAAUGCCUUGGAGCUCUCGUCAGCCGCCUCUGAACACAACGCAAAACUGGUGGAAGAAGACAAGAGAAAGAUCGAAGAACUUAAGGCCAUGAUUGCAUCCCUGAAGACAUCCAAUGAAAAUAUUUCUGCCACAAAUGCCCAAUUGGCCGAAGCAUUGGAAAUUCUCGAACAAGAGAAAUGUGAAACCGCCCACAUAUUUGAAAUAUUCGAAAUGGAAAGUGAUCAAAAUGUGGAAAAACUCAUCGAAAAGUUAUCACACAUAAAGGAAGAACUUGCCGCCACACAACAACAAUUACGCACAAAAGAAACCGAACUGAAGGAAAAGGAAGAUCGUCUAACUGCAACCGAUCAAAGUCUGCAACAAACACAAACAUCACUCGAUGAGGCACAAUCAAAUGUACUGCACACAUCAGCUCAACUUAAGGAACUGCAGCAGGCCAACGAAGAGCUGCAGAAACUCCAUCUGGAAAUGGUGGAGAAGUUAAAACAACAAAAAGAUUUUGAGCAGCAGCUGGAAGAGUACAAGAAGAUAAUCGAUGAAAUGGACGACACGUCGACUGAGAAAAACGAACAGCUACAACAACUGCAAUCACAAAUUGUCCAACUGCGACAGGAACAAACGAAGGCAAUGGAGAGAGAACAACUUCUCAACACCGAAUGUGCCGCAUUGCAGCGAAAAUUAGAGCUAAUCGAAAUGGACAAGACGAAGGAAAUAGUGGCUUUGAAGCAACGCAUCAGCGAUCUGCAGUCAAUAGGCAGUUUGAAACAAAAUGGCACUGGUGAAAGUGCGGUGAAAGGUGUAAGUUCACAUCGUAUAAGUAAAUCAAUAUAA